UGAGUGAAAAUUGUCGCAAUGUUUCGCACCGUGAGCCCGUCCCCCUGCUCUAUAGGCAUCUGUAGUACCGCGCCGGCGGCCGGCAUCGGCGACACAGUUCGGCAGUGGCGGCAAAGUCAAAUCGCGGACCUGCUGUUCCAACAGCCGCGGCGAACUAGGAGAUAGCUCGCUCCCCGUCCGGCGGCUGCUUUGCUGACCGUGUCCUCGUCAUGUACGCGGCGGCCGCUCGCCGCCUCCUCCUGUCCACCCGCGCCGCCGCACGGCCGGCACGGGUGCCCCCCUUAGCCGUGCGGGCGCCCUCCUCCUCCUGCUACUACUCCGGGACGGCGCCGUCCAAGUCGCCGCCGCCGCCGCGGUUCCCGACGCCCAAGGAGAUCCGCAGGGGGCUCGACCAAUUCGUCGUCGGCCAAGACAAGGCCAAAAAGGUGCUCUGCGUCGCCGUGCACAAUCACUACAAGAGGAUAUACAACGAGCCCUCCUCCAAUAAGUGUUCGUCGAAAACCUCCGCAGGUCGUAAUGUUAGCACCAGUGGCAACGACGAUACUGAACUCGAAAAGAGUAACAUCCUUCUGAUUGGGCCAACUGGAUCAGGUAAAACACUGCUGGCGAAAACAUUAGCUCGCUUCGCGAAUGUGCCGUUCGUGAUUGCUGAUGCAACAGCGAUUACGCAGGCUGGGUAUUCAGGUGAAAACGUGGAAUCAAUCGUCUACAAACUUCUAGUGGCUGCGGAUUUUAAUGUCGAAGCUGCAGAGCGUGGCAUCAUCUACAUUGAUGAAGUUGAUAAGCUUGCAAAACAGGUUGGUUGUCAGGAGGACUGGAGGGAUGUCUCUGGAGAGGGUGUCCAGCAAGCACUCUUAAAGAUCUUUGAAGGAACAGUGAUCAAUGUGCCAAGAAAAAGAAGUCGAGAUAGCCCGUCCGGUGGUUAUGUAGAGGUUGAUACGAAAAAUAUACUCUUCAUUUGUGGAGGUGCCUUCUCUGAGUUGGGAAAGAUUAUCUCAGAAAGGCAUCGUCGCUCCCCUUUUGGCUUUGGAACACCAAUAUGUGGUGAAUUGCGGGAUCAUGCUUUGACGAAUGCUCUUGUGGAAUCAAGCUUGCUUCACGAUAUCGAGAACGAUGAUCUGAUUGCAUAUGGCCUCACACCAGAAUUCAUUGGGAGGUUGCCAAUAAUAGUUGGCUUAACUCAUCUCACUGAAGAUCAAUUGGUUCAGGUUCUCAGGGAACCCAAGAAUGCAAUAGGAAAGCAAUACAAGAAGUUGUUCAAAAUGAAUAAUGUCAAGUUACAUAUUACUGAAAAUGCUUUGAGACUAAUAGCAAAGAAAGCAGCUGCAAGAGAAACCGGAGCGAGAGGUCUACGAUCCAUAAUGGAGGGCAUUUUGACAGAAGCAAUGUUUGAGAUUCCUGAUGCAGGAGAGGGGAAAGAGAAGAUAAUUGCUGUUCUUGUUGACGAAGAAUCCGUAGGGACAGUGUCACGGCGAGGAUGUGGAGCCAAAAUUUUCAGAGAUGAUGGAGCCCUGGAACUGUAUAUUUACCAAAAUAAUAUCAGAGUGCCUGGGCUAAUUCAUGGGCCGAAACGCAAUGUCAUUUUCAGUUUCUGCCUUAUAGUAGUUCUUUCCGCCGCUAAGCUAUGGGUUUAUCAUACGUUUCAUUGUUUCUCCUCGGUAUAUGCAUGGAUUGUAUUGAUACUAUGUAAGGCAAACAUUUUUACACAAUGAAGUAGAGUACGAUUUCAGAUGUU